CUAGCAAGCUACAUCAUCAACAGCGAGCGUCUCGCCACCCCAAUCUACCCCAAUGACGCCACCACCAUCGUCUCUCUCCUGGACCUCAACCCCUCCCGUCCUGGAGAAGACGAAGACGAAGACCAAGGGCCCCCCUUUGAAAUCUUCGAGGCGGGCACCGGCAUGGGCAGCCUCACCCUCCACAUCGCCCGCGCCUUACACGCCGCAAACCCGCCUCUCCCAGCUCCCCUCAGACAAACCCUCAUCUCUUCCCCCUUCAAGCCUCACUAUGACUUUGCAACUUCAAGAGGCUGCCUCGACAUCUCCCCUGAGGAGCAGGCUUCUCUGGAUGAGUAUGCGUCCUCCCGCCGCGCCGUUCUGCAUACCCUCGACCGCAACUCGAAGCACGCUCGCGCCGCAUAUAAGCUGGUCAGAAACUUUCGCCGCGCGCAGUACCUGCCUUCCGUCGACUUCCACGUCGGCUCUGUAGACGGAUAUCUCAGCCAAAGACUCGAGCAAAACGGCGGACAGCCAUUCCUCUCCCGCGCCAUCCUCGACCUUCCUUCAGCUCAUGAGAACGCCGAGCGCGUAAUAGAAGCCUUACACCCCAACGGCUUGCUCAUCCUCUUCAAGCCGUCCAUCAGUCAGAUUGCCGACUUCCAGGCAUGGUCGACCGAAACGAAGCAGCCCGUGCGCAUGGAAAAAGUCAUCGAGCUGUACUCCACCACCACUUCCGAAGGUGGCGUACAUGACAGUUCCGGGGGCCGGCACUGGGACGUCAAGACGGUUGUGCCUAGGGCCGAGCAAGGCCAAGCGGGCAACAACAAGCCGGUGCAGGUGAUGAGGCCAAAGGUAGGGGAGCGGGUUGCUGGCGGGGGGUUUGUGGCUGUACUGCGGCGGUGGCCUGUUUCUGGGAUGUCGGUGCGAGAAGCUUCUGAGGAAGAAACGGAGGUUCAAGAGUGA